AUGGAAGACUACUUAAGGCUGAAAAAGAAUUUCCGGAAUCAGCAAUCAUUAGGAACUUCUGAGACGACUGCAAAAUCCCAAGCAAGGCAAAGUGUGAAUGUGCAAGAGAAGCUGAAACCAGGAAAGCCUAAUUUGUUGUAUGCUGAUCUCCAUCAUGAAAUUACAAAAAACAUAGAUCAUCUCUCUUCAAAGCCUUUGAGAAAUCAUCAGAAGCAACACAGGACGGCAAUUGAGGAAGAGGAGCUUGUCAAGUAUAUGUCCAAAUUGCCAAGCUAUCUGGAAAGAGGACAAACACACCAAGAGAAAGUUUUAAAUGUUGGGGUCCUUGACUGGGGCCGGCUAGAGAAGUGGCAGUGCAGCCAGAAACAGAUGCCAGCCAGAAAUAGCAGGCAUUCACUUUCAAGCAGUGACUCAUCCUCACCUUUCUCAACAGAAGGAUCAUCUGUCUAUUCCAGCGGAGGUCAGAGUUGCUCUCCUGGUCAUCAAAGCACACAUCGGCCGUCACUACAAUUUCAUCUGAUGUCAUCUCCAACCAAAGGCAAUUCUCCAGUCAAAUUGUUCAAAGAAAGCACUGGAAAGUUUCAAGAUGUCACAGGUUCCCAGACCAGCACUGUGAUUGGGCAAGCAAAGUUUGUCAGAGCAGAUCAGCCUUUUCCCAAAAACCAUGACCAGUGCAGGAGAAAAGAUACUGACUCAAAGAUCAAUCCAGAAAGUGGAACUUUGGCUAAUGGAUUAAAUUCUGAAGGGCUGCAGUGUAUGAAGACGAAGAAAAAGAUGAUGAUGGCAAAGGCAACCACAAAGCCUCGAGAGGGUGAAUUUAUGAAGAGAGCAGGGAAAUUGCAAGAACAGAAGGCAUAUGUUGCAGACCAAACAAAUGAAAGAUUGAUUCUUGUUAUACCAAGAGAUUUCCCCCAUGGCACUCGUUCUGAAGUGCCCCAUAAUUCAACAAUGAUGUUAGGCCAAAAGGAAGAAGAAGCAAGUCAUAGGAACUUUGCAGAUAUGCCUACGGAAAUUUUCUUUCCAGCAGUCCAUUCUGACGUCCCCCAUUCAUGCCCGCUGCCAUAUGAAAAGGGCAGACACUCAGAGAGAAAAUGGCGCUCAGUAGAUGCAGAGAAUAUCAGUUUUUUGCCCAAUUCUUCUCAAUCAGCACCUCAUCAAGCCAAAAUAGGAACGAGUCCAUCCCAUGAUACAAUUUUAAAAGUAAAAGAACCAAUUGUAAUGCUGACUGAUUCAAGAUCAAAAGAGCCUUCUAUGGCAGAUCAGAAAAUGAGCAAAUUAACUGCUGAAAAAGUUAGAAGCACAUCACCAUUUCGCCGACUUAGCAUUGGUAUGAGCAAGAUAAGCAAAAGUUUCAGCUCUAAUGAGGGUUCAUUUAAACCACAAUUGAGCUCAACUUAUAAUUCUGCACAAUCUUGUUCAGAGAUUGCUAUGGCUUCCAUACGCCAGGGAAAUCAAUGUAGCGAUACACAUAAUGCUACAAGCAGAGCACGGUCAAGCCCUUUGAGAAGGUUACUGGACCCAAUGCUGAAGCCAAAGGCAGCAAACUUCCAUCAUUCAGGAGAGCAAUUGCAGAGAGGUUCUAUAUCAACGCAUAGAGUCCGCAAAUCAUCCAAUGUUCAGUUAGAUUGUAUGGCUGGAACUGCACAGAUUGGGAUGGGAAAAUCAGAUAAUGUCACUCCUGGUACAAUCAGUGUCAGCGAUUCAUCCAAGGACAAGAAGCACGUAUCGUUAGAAUUUCAAGCUCUUCUUCGAGUUGCAGUUAAGAAUGGCCAACCUAUGUUGACAUUCGCAGUUGACAAUGAAAGUGACAUUCUUGCAGCCACAAUGAAGAAAUUGAGUGCCUCAAGGGAGGAUGACUACAGCUGCAUUUAUACAUUCUUCUCCAUUCAAGAAGUCAAGAAAAAGAAUGGGAGGUGGAUAAAUCAAGGUGGCAAGGGCAAAGGUCAUGAUUAUAUAACUAAUGUUGUUGCCCAGCUGAAGGUUUCUGGUUCUCAGUUUUCCAAUUCGACUAGACAAAGCUAUAUGGCUCAAGCUUUUGCAAGGGAGUAUGUUUUGUUUUCCAUGGAUCUACAACAGGCAGAGCAACAAACAUUAGAUUUUCAGCCUAAUGAUGAGCUUGCUGCCAUUGUUGUCAAGAUUCCUGAAGUAAUCAGAGGUGGAAAUCAGACUAAUAAGUGCAAUAAUUUUUCAGAGGCAAGAUGUAAUUCUACCUCUGGUAAUGUAAAGAAUCAGCCUGUCGUUGGCAGUCAAAGCCGAAUCAAUACUACAGUCAUACUUCCAAGUGGCAUUCAUAGUCUACCAAAUAAAGGAGGACCUUCAUCAUUGCUCCAACGGUGGAGAUCAGGUGGAUCAUGUGACUGUGGAGGUUGGGAUUUGGGUUGCAAACUUAGGAUUCUUGAAAACCAGAAUCAACGUACUAAGAAAUCAAGUUCAACCAAAGCCUGUUCAGCUAUUGGUAAAUUUGAGCUCGUCUCUCAGGUAUGCUCUAUUGCUUAA